CACGUGUGAGCAGUGGGUUUCUGACAGCUAACAUAUUUUCGUAACACUUACGCAACAGUGGUUGAUGAUUGUGAGCCUAAUGAUUGAUUGCUUUCCACAAUUUGUAAAAAAAAUUUUAAAAAAAUACUAUGACCUCGAGAAACGUGAGCGCAAGAUACUGAAUCCUGAGUGGAACGACUCCACUGGCAUAUUUAAUAUUUCAAGAUCUCAUGGCUUCGUCAGGAAAACUUCUUGUCCUGUAUGGAAGUCAGACCGGCACGGCUCAAGAUGUCGCUGAAAGAAUUGGUCGAGAAGGGAAGAGAAGACAUUUUACUGUCAGAGUGAUGUCCCUUGAUUCUUACGCUGUGGCCGGUUUGAUCCAUGAACCUAUCGUGGUGUUCGUCUGUGCUACAACCGGACAGGGCGACCCACCAGACAACAUGAAGCUGUUUUGGCGUUUUAUUCUCCGAAAGAAUCUCCCAUCUAAGUCGUUAACUCAGGUGAAGUUUGCUGUCCUUGGACUGGGGGAUUCAUCAUACCAGAAGUUUAACGUGGUUGCUAAGAAACUGAACAAGAGACUACAACAGCUUGGAGGACACAUACUAACUCCGAUCGGCCUCGGCGACGACCAGCAUGAGUUGGGUCCUGAUGCAGUCGUUGAUCCGUGGCUUGAAUCAUUCUGGAACACAACUUUACAGCUUUACCCGCUGCCUGUUGGAAAAUCCAUCAUAAGUGCUGACAUCUGUCCAGUAUCAAGAUUCAAAUUGAUAACGAAACCUAAAGAAACCGUAUCACCAACAAACCAGUGUAUUCAGACAGACAGUAAAUAUAACCAGCUGCAUCCAUUCCAUGCUAGACUGAAGACAAACAACAGAGUUACCUCCCCUGAUCACUUUCAAGAUGUCCGACAUAUCGUCUUGGAUACAACUGGCUCUGGUAUAUUGUUUAAUCCCGGUGACGUUGUCAUGGUGCACCCACAGAACUUGGAUGACACGGUUGAAGAGUUCAUCCUGUUGUUUGGACUUGACAGAGACAUGUGUUUUGUUUUAGAGGCUAAUCAGUCAGACUGUGAUGUUCCUGCCAGCUUGCCGCAGCCGUGUUCCGUGGAUUACCUUGUGCGUAACUACCUGGACAUCAACGGAAUUCCACGGAGAUACUUCUUUGAGCUCAUGUCUUUACUGUCCGACGAUGAACAGGAGAAGGAAAAGUUAAAAGAAUUUGCAUCGGCGGCAGGCCAGGAGGAGCUGUUUUCCUACUGUAACAGAAUGAAGAGAAAUACUCUCGAGGUUCUACACGACUUCCUUGAGACGUGUCGCACUCUGACAUUGGAGUAUUUGAUAGAUCUGAUCCCGCCACUGCAACCGCGAGCCUUCUCCAUCGCGUCGUCACAGAAGAUGUUUCCUGAUGAGAUCCAUAUUCUGAUGGCUGUGGUGAAGUACCGUACAAAGCUGUUAAAACCGCGACGUGGAGUCUGCUCCACAUGGCUGUCUCAGCUCAUCCCCGGAGCUCAGACUACAGUUCCUGUCUGGGUGAAGCCUGGAACCAUUCGAUUUCCAAAAACUACACCACCGGUCAUCAUGGUUGGUCCAGGAACUGGCGUUGCCCCUUUCAGAAGCUUUAUCCAAGACAGAGCAUCUGAUCACAUAGGAGGGAAUGUUUUGUUUUUUGGUUGUCGUAACUGCAACAAGGAUUUCUACUGUGAAGACGAGUGGCGAGAACUGGAGAAUGAAAACCUGGUCACACUCUUCACGGCCUUCUCACGAGACCAGGAAGACAAGGUUUACGUUCAACACAUUAUGAAAGACAAUGGAGCACUAAUCUGGAAGUUACUCUCACAAGAUGAAGCUUGGUUCUAUAUAGCUGGGAAUGCCAAGCGAAUGCCCGAUGAUGUGAGAGAAUCUCUGAAAGAGGUCAUCAAGAGAGAAGGGGAGCAGACAGAAGAUGAAAGUGAACGUUUUCUAAUCCAUUUAGAACAGAACAGACGUUACCAAGUAGAAGCCUGGUCCUGACCCACCAAUCUUCAUAUUUAACAGUCACCCGAUUGGGGAGGACAAAGAUGUCAUGAUCUGUUCUGCAUGCAUUGGCUCGACUAAUUUAUACUCCCACCAUCUUCAGUGCUCUGUGAUCAGGAAUACGAACAGAAUAAUGAAAUAUGAUUUUGUAAUGAAAGUGUCCAGUGUCAAAAAAUCAAGAGAUCUGCCUGUUACAUAUUUAAUGUGAAUCCUCAUACCAGGCGUUUGUUUAUCAAACUUGUUCUCAGUCAAAACAAAAUACUAGAGACAUGUUAACCCAUAUAUUAGCUUGUGAUGUCUGUGGAUGAAGAUAAACUGUAGAUGAUUGUGAAAGUAGACUGACUUAAGAGGUAACCUGGAGACAUAUGCUUGUAUAUAGAUUGAAGAUUUGAUCUUCAGGUCAGCAUUAUUUUGUGAAAUGAUCUUCACACUAGUAUUCUCUUACAAAAAGGGUUAUGAGAAAAUGCAAUAAAUACUCUUCUUUUUUUUCAAUCAAAUUAAAUUUUAAGUAGCAAUACAACUUGCACUAAAUGUACAUUCACUACAGGUUUUUACUUUGUAGACAUCUUGGCAUGUUGGGAGGUGAUGUAUACCAGAUAUAAAUAUGACACAUUUUAGUCUAUGUUGGAAAUUAAGCAAUGAAAAUGAACUUUACAAAUAUAUAUUUUAUUAAUAGCAAUAAUAUUUACACAUUUGUUUUACUACACUGAAAAAUUCCAAAUGUAUGUACAACUUGAAUAAACUUGAUUGAACAGACUAGUAUUUUUACUACACUGAAAAAUUCCAAAUGUAUGUACAACUUGAAUAAACUUGAUUGAACAGA